UUUUUUUCUAUUGUCAAUUUCAAACUCCAGAACUGGGUACCAUGGCGGCGGCGCGCGCCGCCGCCGCCGUCGAUGCCUACCAACACAACACCCUCAUCCGCGCCGCCGCCGACCACCGCAGCCUCCUGCUCGCCUUCCGCGCCAUGCUGCGGGAGGGCGUCGCGGCGGACCACUUCACCUUUCCCUUCGCCCUCAAGGCGCUCGCCCAGGCGCACCACCGCUCGCCGCCGCCGUGCGCCGCCGCAACCGCAACGGCAACCACAACGUUGGGGUGCCUCCACGCGCAGAUGGUCAAAUCCGGCCACGGCGCCAACGUGUACGCGGCCUCCGCCCUCGUCCACGCCUACGUCUCCCGCGCCGACGCCGCCUCCGCGCGCGCGGUGUUCGACGCCGCUCGCCACCGGAACGUGGUCACCUGGACGGCGAUGAUCGCGGGGCACGCCGCGGCCGGGGAGGCACGGGAGGCGGUCGCGCUUUUCAGGGAGGCCGUGGCGCGCGGGCAGGAGGUCAAUGGCAUCACCGUGGCGCAGGUGAUGGGGGCUUGCGCUCAGAGCCGCGACCUCGAGAGCGGGAGGUGGGUUCAUGCGACGCUCCGACGCUGGGGCGUCGAGCCUAUCUUGCUCGACGUCGCUCUUGCCACGGCGGUACUCCAUAUGUAUGCAAGCUGUGGCGGUCUUGAUGCUGCCUUCGAAGUGUUCGAUAAAAUGCCUCGAAGAAAUGAGGUGUCAUGGAAUGCAAUGGCUGAGGUAUGCAGUAGACAUGGAAGACAGGAUAAGGUUCUGGAGGUGUUUCCGGGUAUGCAUUCUGUUGGAAUGAAGCCUGAUAAGGUGACAUGGCUGAGCAUACUCCGCGCCUGUACAUCCAAGGGAGCUGCGGGCUUAGGCCAAGGCGUGCACGCCUACAUGGAGAAGACGAUUGGUCAUAGACAUGUCGCAGUUUGCACAUCGCUCAUGGAUAUGUACUCAAAGAUAGGCAAUGCACGGAGUGCACUCCAGAUAUUUCAGUGUCUCAAAAGAAAGGAUUUGAUGGCAUGGACAAGCAUGAUCAUCGGCUUAGCUAAGCAUGGCCAUGGCAAGGAUGCUGUGCAACUCUUCAACCAAAUGCAGCAUGGUGGUGUUGUUCCGGAUCAUGUUGCAUUUGUAGGUGUUCUUACUGCUUGCAGCCAUGCUGGGAUGGUAGACGAAGCAAGAAAAUACUUUGACUCCAUGUGGAAUCAUUAUGGCAUCAGGCCAACAAUCAAACAUUAUGGUUGUAUGAUUGAUCUCUUCAGUCGUGCUGGUCGAUUGGCAGAGGCUGAGGGAAUGAUGCAAAUGAUGCCUAUUCAACCCAGUGUCACCAUGUGGGGAAGCAUGAUGAAUGGUUGCAAGGUACAUGGCAGGGCUGAUAUUGCUGAGAGGGUAGGAAGGCAGGUUGCUGAGCUUAAUCCUCAGUUUGGCGCAAUAUAUGUGAUAAUGUCCAAUAUAUAUGCGGAGAUUGGUAGGUGGCAUGCAGUGGAGCACACCAGGAGAUUGAUGUGGCAGACUGGAUUGAAGAAAAUUGUAGGCUCAAGUGGCACUGAAGUGCAAAUGUUGUGCUCCUGAAUAUAGUUUCCUCUAGCAUCUGUCUAUGGAACUUUUUGAAGUGAAAGGAGGAGAAUUUGUUAGACGAAUGUUGUAGAAAUUUGACAACCAUGAAUGACUUAAACACAGUUCUACCAAGUGUUCAAUUGUUAACUCUGUAUGUUGCGUGGAAAGAAAGAGUUGCAAUAGGAAUGGAGAACAGUAUAAGAAUACACAGUCAUCUUAAGCUUCAGAGGCACGAACAAGGAACGUAUGAAUUUGUGAAAAGCAAUAAGAGAAAAGGAAAAAUGCUAGCAUAUGAGUUUGUCAAGACACGGACAGUGAAGUGGAGAUUCAUCAGCUGGUGCACUCCAGAUGACGCCUGUUUCAGGCACUGUGGAGCCUGCAAACGAGCUGUACAGUGGGAAUGGAGAACAGUACAGGAAUACACGAUACAGGAGCACAAAGAGAGAACUCGUAUGAGUAGUGAAGCGCAUGAAGAGAAUGCUAUGAGUUUUUGGAAACACAGGCAGUGAAGUGGGCUAUUUGAUCGGCCAUUUCAGCACCGGAGAUGGCGAUGACAAGCAUGUUUUCAGGUGGCUGAAGCAGCAGGCAGGGAGACCAUCAGAAUUAAAUCUUGUUGGUGAGCCACAUCACUGUCGACUGAUUCCUGCAAUUGCUACAGACGACGGCCACAGCCCAUUUUCUACAGUGGGGGCAGAAGAUCACUGUGCCGAUGGAAUCAACCGUUUACCGUGCAUAGUCACUGGCUUUCACAGAUGGGAACAAGCAGCAGCCGACAAGUCGCCGGCCGGUGGACUAGCAACAUAGCCGAUCGAUGGAUGGACAGUACGUUUCCUAACUAGCAAAAGCUUUUUACCUCAUGUCCUGCACCUGUGCUUCACCAGUUGGAUCUCUUCCUCCGUUCGUCGGCCGGAUUCACGACAGCAAUUUGACAAGAAGGUGAUAUAUCGAUGAUGCAUUCAAUUGAUGCUCUGUUCUUCGAUUUGCAUUGCUUGCCGGCCUACCUACGGACCACUGUACCCUCGAUUCGUCACAAAGAACGAAUCACAGAGAGGUAAUCGAGUAGUAGUUGCAAGGGACUGAGCUGUAGCUAUACCGGUGCUCCGGUGAGAUUUUGAGUCCAUGAUCGGUACCACAAAAACCUCUAUACCCGAUGGUAUUUGUUUUGGAACCAACAGUGAGUAUUUGGAUGCUAAAGUCCAUCACUGCACAACAUAUAUUGUCAAUUUAAGAACCAA